AUGUCUCCAAUAAUGCAACAGUUCCGCGAGAUUGAAACUUGCAUUGAGUGUUCAGCAUCUAGGCAAAUCCAGGUCCCUGAAGUUUUCUACUAUGCACAAAAGGCUGUUCUUCAUCCAACGGCUCCUUUAUUUGAUCAGGAGACACAAACUCUAAAGCCUCGAUGUGUACGGGCUUUGAAGCGGAUUUUUAUCCUAUGCGACCAUGACAGAGACGGUGCCCUUAGCGAUGCUGAACUGAAUGAUUUUCAGGUUAAAUGUUUCAAUGCUCCUUUGCAACCAUCUGAAAUUAUCGGUGUAAAGAAGACUGUGCUCAGGAAGUUUGGAUAUAACGAUGAUAUCAAGCUUGCUGAUGAUUUAUUUCCACCUUUGAAAUACACUCCCGAUCAGAGUGUUGAGAAGUUUGGAUAUAACGAUGAUAUCAAGCUUGCUGAUGAUUUAUUUCCACCUUUGAAAUACACUCCCAAUCAGGCUGUGCUCAGGAAGUUUGGAUAUAACGAUGAUAUCAAGCUUGCUGAUGAUUUAUUUCCACCUUUGAAAUACACUCCCAAUCAGAGUGUUGAGUUGACAAAUGAAGCCAUUGAAUUCUUGAAGACAAUUUUUGAUGCAUUUGAUGCUGAUUUUGAUGGGAUGCUGCGACCAUGUGAACUUGAAGAAUUGUUUUCCACUGUCCCAGAAAGUCCCUGGAUCGGAAAUCCAUAUGAGGAUGCUGCAGAAAGGAAUGCAUUUCAAGGACUAUCACUUGAUGCAUUUUUGUCAGAGUGGGCACUCAUGACUCUGCUAAACCCAACCUUUAGUGUGGAGAACUUAAUAUACCUUGGUUAUUCUGGUGAUCCAUUAUCUGCUGUCCGUGUGACUAGGAAGCGCCGCACUGAUCGUAAAAGACAACUUUCUGAAAGAAAUGUAUUGCAGUGCUUCGUUUUCGGGCCUAGGAAUGCCGGAAAAUCCGCUUUAUUGAAUUCUUUCAUUGGAAGGCCAUAUUCUGAAGCUUACAAUCCAACCAUCGAGGAUCGUUAUGCUGUAAAUGUUGUUGAUAUUGCGAAGGAAAACAAAAAAUAUCUUGUGCUGAAAGAGAUUCCAGAAAGUGGAGUUGAAAAGCUGCUGGCCAAUAAGGAGUCUUUGGCCUCAUGUGAUAUUGCAGUUUUUGUUCAUGAUAGGUCUGUUGAGUCUUCAUGGAGGGCAUCAUCUGAACUCUUGGUAAAUAUUGCUGGGCAUGGAGAAAAUACUGGCUUUGAGGUGCCAUGUCUUAUAGUUGCAGCUAAGGAUGAUCUGGAAUCAUUUACAUCGGCAAUACAAGAUUCAAUUAGGGUUAGUCAGGAUAUGGGAGUAGAGGCUCCUAUACCGAUCAGUGUGAAGUUAGGGGAUUUCAACAAUGUAUUCCACCGAAUUGUAAAGGCUGCUGAGCACCCUCAUUUAAGCAUUCCAGAAACUGAAGCUGGAAAAAACCGCAAGCAUUACAACAAGCUCAUAGGUCGAUCUCUUAUGUGUGUUUCAGUUGGAGCGGCAGUAGCACUCGUUGGGUUGGGUGCUUACAGGAUAUAUGCUGCAAGGAAGAGUGCGUCUGGUUAA